CGCUCAUUAUCUCCAACUGACAGAGAUGGAUGUAGCGUACGAUCAUAUUCAGGAGGAGAUCUACUCCUCCAACGACUCCUCGAAGAAAGAAGCCGACCAGAACGAACCCACUAAGACGGAGCACUCGAACGUCGACCUCAACGCCGAGCUCCAAGAAACAUUCCGCGCCUUUUCCGCCAGCCCCUGGGGUGCACGCUUAGGUGGACUAUGGGAUAACGUCCGCAAGCAGGGCGAGAGCUACUACGAAGGGGCCCGUCAGGAAUAUGCUGCCGCGAGCGAAGAGGCCGCCAAGGGCUUUUCCGACCUGAGGAGCAGCAUCGUCGGGCGCACGCGGGGUCUCUCCCUGAGCACGGCGUUCAGCUCAGGGGCCACCGGCACCGACGCCAGCACCAGCAAGGACGAGGCCCCCACGCCGACCGGUACUACCUCCAAGGUAGAGGUGGAUGCGACACCACCAGCACAGGGCGAGAAGGGCCUUGACCCCGGGGCUGCUGCGUCGGCUUCCAACCCCGGGGAGGGGUUCCUUUCCCGCUUCAAGGCCGAGGCGGCUCGCCGGCUGAAAGAGAUCGAGAAGGCGGAGGAGGCUGCCGACGAGGCGAUCUUACGCUUUGGCAUGAACAUCGGCCAGAAGCUGCGCGAUGCGGUCAGCAUUGUGCCUCCCAGCAGCGAGUCGUCUGGCGAUAAGCUUCUGUUUGAGAGCAAGGAUGCGGAGGGGAAGCGGGUCAUUCACGCCACGCGCUUCGAGGCCCAGCUACACGUUAUCCAUUCUACCCUGGAUAGCUUCACCAAUGAUCCGGUUAGCGAGCUCUGGCCUGCGUUCAAGCAGGAGUUCAAGAUCGCUGAGAAGACCGAUGCGAUCGCCGCCGAUCUCGAGAAGUACCCUGAGCUGCGCUCGGCGAUGGAGAAGCUUGUCCCGGAGCAGGUGGACUACGCUACCUUCUGGUGCAGAUACUACUUCCUUCGUCUGGUUAUUGAGACUGAGGAGCAGAAGCGCAAGGAACUUUUGCAGGGUGCAACCGUCGAUGACGAGGAAGUGAAGUGGGACGAUGACUCCGACGAGGAAACUGACUCCCCAUCCACACCUCAAGUCAAGUCAAACGCCGCGGCCGCCCCAACCACUACCACUCAGACCGCCACUCCUGUCGCCCCCGUUGCUACAACUGUUACGACCGUUGCUGCUACCGCAAAGCCCGCCAACCCAACCGAACCCCGCCGCUCCAACGACCAACAAUCCCAGCCCGACAGCGAAUCCAGCUACGACCUCGUCAGCGGAGCCACCAGCCGCACCCCCGCAAGCCCCAAGGAGAAGCCCAAAGACGACGACAGUGAUGACGACUGGGAGUAAAUGUCUUUUUCCCACGUAAUAUCAAUGGUCUUGGCCUUCCCCCGCUCGUUCCUGUGGACUUGCAUCCCCAGGAAUGAAGCGCUUCUCAAGUACCUCCCCCAUCUCAAACCGAUCACACCCGACCGCUGGCUGGUCUGAAGGAUUCGAAAUCCCUUCCACACUUACUAGUCUUUUUGCAAGGAGUCACGGUUGUCCCUUCAAUUCCAGCUUCUUUACGGCGUUAGAAUUCCGUUGAUAUCAAAUCUUCCUUCCAAUUUUAAUCACGUGCUUACCGCCCCUGUCUUGGUGACAUGCGUCUGAGCUCGUUUUCUCAUGCCUUGAUCUGCCUGUUGUUAAGAGUAAUACACCAAUAGGGAUCUUGGCUCUGCUCCUUGAUAGGUACCAGAC